AAUUUCAUGGGCCGAUGUUCGUUUGGUCUAGGGUUUUGCCGUACUAUAUCUUCAUUUUCGGCUUCGCUAUAAUUCCUGCCUCCCUUCUUCCUUCAUCACCCCGGCGGAAUCUCUCCUGUGGUAAUUGGUGAAAAUGGUUUUCGUCAAAGCCCAAAAAUCCAAGGCCUAUUUCAAGCGUUUCCAAGUUAAGUACAAGAGAAGAAGAGAGGGGAAGACUGAUUAUCGAGCAAGGAUUCGCAUGAUUAACCAGGAUAAGAAUAAGUACAACACUCCAAAGUUUCGCUUUGUUGUGCGAUUUACCAACAAGGACAUAAUUUGCCAGAUUUUGUCUUCGAGCAUUGCUGGUGAUCAUGUUCUUGCUGCUGCAUAUGCACAUGAGCUGCCUCGUUAUGGCCUAGAAGUUGGACUCACCAACUACGCUGCAGCUUACUGCACCGGACUUCUUUUGAGUCGUCGAGUCCUGAAGACCCUUGAGUUGGAUGAGGAGUACGAAGGAAAUGUGGAGGCAACCGGAGAAGAUUAUUCAGUUGAGCCUGCAGAAAGCAGAAGGCCUUUCCGUGCCCUAUUGGAUGUUGGCCUAAUCAAAACUACUACUGGAAACCGAGUUUUUGGUGCCCUCAAGGGAGCUCUGGAUGGUGGGCUUGACAUCCCACACAGUGACAAGAGAUUUGCUGGAUUUAGCAAGGACAACAAGCAGCUUGAUGCUGAAGUGCACCGUAAGUAUAUCUAUGGUGGACACGUUGCUUCUUACAUGCAGACUCUGAUCGAAGAUGAGCCUGAGAAGUACCAGUCUCACUUCAGUGAGUACAUUAAGAGGGGUAUUGAUGCAGAUAACAUUGCAGAGGUGUACAAGAAGGUUCAUGCUGCAAUUCGUGCUGAUCCUACACCUAAGAAAUCUGAAAAGAAGCAGCCAACAGAGCACAAGAGGUACAACCUUAAGAAGCUAACUUAUGAGGAGAGGAAGAACAAGUUGAUUGAGAGGUUAAAUGCUCUGAAUGCUGCUGCUGGUAACGAUGACGAUGAUGAUGAGGAUGAGGAAGACGAUGAGUGAACGUCGUUGAUAGCCAUAUAGUGUUUAAUAUCCAUUUAAAAUUUUGCUUUGUUGCUGUAAACCAGACGGAUAUGCUUCCAUUUCCGUAGGUGUAUGAACAUUGAUUGUUGAGUCUCUCGACAAUAUUUCAUUACCAGAAUUGAACUUUUUGUUAUAACUUGAA